AUGGCAAAAGUUCCAGUGACUCUUCGGGGUUCCGUGAGGCGAGUGUCCGAUAUGGCACCCGCCUGGCGUGCAGCUACCAUGGUCCAACAAUGCCUACAGUCCGAACUCAGAUCCGAUUAUUCGGUAACCUCAAUGCCAUGGAAUUACAUACGAAUCUAUUUGAAACGUAAACCACAAAAAAAAAAAACAUUUCGUCCGUCCGUUGUGGACGAUGCAUUUUCUUCCCGGCAAUAA